GCAAGGGAAAAGAGCGUGCAGAAAUGUUCUCUGCAGCGGAACAAACCCUCCUCAUGGAGGUAUAUGAGGAUUACAGCCACAUAAUCCGAAAGAAGGGCAAUACUGCGGCAAUCAAUAAAGCGAGGGAUGUGGCGUGGCAGAAUAUUGCCGACAGGCUGAAUGCAAGCAAUCUCAGUAGCCAGAGGAGGACCGGCCACCAGGUCAAAAUCAAAUAUAAGAACAUUCUUAGCAAUGCCACCAGAAAGCAGACUGCAUCCAUGGGUACUGGUGGGGGACCGCCACCGGAGGAGCUCACACCAGCUGAGAUCCUGGCCCUUGGGAUAAAUAAGGGGCCCAAGAUAGUUGGGAUCGAGGGGGGGAGCUACUCCAACCCUGUGGCCCCAGAGAUCCGGGCCCCAUAUGUUGAAGUGACAGGGGAUCAAAUUAUUCUCCUUGACCCACCACAAGUGCACAUUGAGGAUGCAGCCGGGACCCAAGUCGACCCAGUAGGUCCUAACCUGUUGAAACAUUGCACUACAUGCAGUCAGCCCCCUCCCUCUCCCCCAUUUAACUGUUUCUCUAUUUGCAGGGAGAAGGCCCAAGCCAACAGCCACAUGAUGAUGAUGAUGAUGAUGAUGAUGAUGAUGACUAUGACGAUGAUGAAACGCUCACCGGUCGAGACAGAACCUAGGCCUUCCCCAGCUGGCAAGAGGACUACAUCUGCUGGACGAAGUGAAGACAUCCGUGCAAUUUAUAAGCGGUAUCUCCUCCAUGCAACGGAGUAUAAGAGGCUACAGAUUAAGAAGAUCAAACUUGAGAUCAGGAAGAUGGAAAAGGAUGUAAGUAUGAAUCCAAAUGCACAGCAAAAGAGGUCAUUGUUCUCACUGUAUUUAAUGUUCCAUUCUGUCUCCACAGCCUGACCUGCGUGACCCACCAACAUAACCAUUUUAUUUUCAAUGCCUCAAUUUCCUUUGAUUAUAUUUUGUUUGCUAAUUAGUUUAAUUUUGUAUUUAUUUGUGUCUUAAUUUUGUGAUAAUGUUCUUUAAUGUACUUAUAAUAUAUAAUUAUUAGUAUAAAUGAUAAAAAAAAUAUUAUAUUAGCAUUCCAUGACAGUUGUGUGACUCUGUUUCUGUUUAUUGGACAUUCUUUGAUCAUAGAUGGUACUAAGCUUCACUUUUAGCCUGCUACAGACCAGGUUUGCCUGGCAGCAUAAGUUACCAUGGUUACUUGGCUGGCAUUCACUUUAGCCACCUUAGUGGAACAGGGUUGAGGCUCAGAUUGAUGGAACGGAAACCUGAGCCACAGUUCUGGCUUAGCCAUGGUUGAGGCUUAGCCAGAGUCAUAGUUUCCAUGGUUACUGAGUUGGGGCUAAUCUCAGCCUCUUUGAUGGAACCGAACUCUCACUCAUAUUAGCCAGACUUGGCCAUUUAGGCUUGGCUUUGCCUUUAGCCUGC